AGUCAAAAGACUUGACAGCCAACUUGUCAAGGAGCAGUGACAGUUGCUUGACACGUAACAAUUUGCAAAUCAUUCCAACUCAAACCAUUAUUCGCAUUACUCGAAGAAGGCAGAGAAUUUGUAAAAGUUUGUAGUUCAUUAUUAGUUGCUAUAGAGAUCAAGUUGGCAGGUAGAAUACUUGUUAGUCAGACCAAAUUUCUUUUGAGCUCAGUCUAACCGCAAAAAGACGUGCUGCAAAAAACGAGGUCCGAAACUACCCCAACAAAUCUCAAAAGAAAUUUGUUAUUAGCACGAUUGAAGGUCAAAGAAUGCCGGAAACUAGCCGUUUUGAUUGCCGUAGUUGCAGCCUGGCCAACAACAUCGACGAUAUGGUCGAAUGUGAAGGUGGAUGCGGUGGUUGGUUCCACUAUGGCUGCGUAGGAUUCGAUGACGGAAAGAAGGAGGAGAAUUGGAAGUGCUCGAGUUGUGUUGCGAGGAAUAUGGCAACGGCACCGCCAGCGGGAGCAAUAGGAGGUAAUCCGACAGGUUUCCAACAACCGGUUUUCACCACUACGUCUGGAUCUAGUGGAUCCGGUACUCCGGAUCUGGCAGCAGAGAGAGUGAAACGUAACCUCAAACUGCUUGAGGAACAGCAAUCCUUCCUACUCAGGGAGAUCGAGCUGGAGCAGAAGCGGGAUUUUGAGCAGAAGAAGCUGCAGCUGGAGAAAGAAGCGUGGCGAGUGCGGUAUGAGUUGCUGAAUGCGCAGACUGGCCAAAUGCGAGGAGAUGUCAACGAGCCGGGGGUUGCUGUAGACUGGGCGAAUCGUCUAUCGCUAGUCGCUAGCAGCUUCAUCCCUACGUCUGGGGCAUCGAGCAGUACACCCACGUCAGCAAACACCAACGUAUCCGUUCCCACACCCCUCAUUUCUACCGGUGUAGUCUGCCCUCAAACUGGUGUUCCGGUUUCAUCGUUGCCCACCAGUUCGACUAAUGUCCACCAAGGAAUUAGCUCCGUACCAUUCCAUACCGUGCUGCCGCCUGUAACAAACAACUUUCAGCAGUCGGUGGCUUCCGCUGGUGCUGUCACAAGAUCUGCCCUGAUAGACGUCCAAUCAGGUUUAACAUCGAACCCCUACACUAUGGGACCGACGCCAAGCUACAUCCACGAUUUUCUGCCCGGUGGUGGAAGAAGUCAACCCGGAUCAUCGACACCCAUCACGUCGGCAACGUCAGUGCCUUGGAGCGACCCGGCGACGAGCUACACGUACCUCACCCAAUCGCUGCCACCUACAAUCAGUACGGUAGGUUCAAUUGGGAGCUUUCCACUGCAAGCAGCACACGUAAGUCAGAACAACCAAUAUCCAUGCUAUGGAAAUCAAAUGUCGCUAGGGUUAGGGCUAGGUCAGGUACCUCAAUAUUCGAUGUAUACAAUGAGACCACAGACUAGUCAAAUAAACGUAAGCAUGCCAUACGCCCCCAGUUCCAUUCCUCAGUCCAUCCCUUUUCCUCCCCACGUUUCUGCCGCAAACCAAGCGGCUCCGGUAGUGAAUAUUGGUGAUCUCGGUGGGCCAACACCUCGUCAACUGGCGGCGAGGCACGCGAUGUCCAGGGACCUGCCGACUUUCAGCGGGAAUCCGGAGGAGUGGCCUAUGUUUCACAGUGCUUUCUACACGUCAACAGAAGCAUGUGGCUACAGUGAGGUGGAGAAUCUUGGCCGACUUCAACGCUGUCUCAAAGGCAGUGCAUUGGAAGCAGUGCGGAGCCGUCUUCUACUACCUUCCGCUGUGCCGCAAGUGAUGCAAACCUUGCAGCUUUUGUAUGGACGUCCGGAGCAGAUCAUUUACUCGCUCCUCACGAAAGUUCGGGAUGUUCCUGCUCCGAAAGCCGAUAACCUGAAAACGUUGGUGACGUUCGGCAUGACAGUGCAGAACUUCUGUGAUUACCUAGUAGCAGCGGGACAAGUGGUUCACCUUUCGAAUCCUGUACUUCUGCAGGAGCUAAUCGAUAAGCUCCCAGCGCAUCUGAAGCUGGACUGGGCGGUGUAUAAACGGCAGUUCCCACUAGUGGACCUCCGAGUGUUCGGUGCAUACAUGGCGAAUCUAGUAUCAGCGGCGGCUGACGUAACUCUAACAUUGGAUUCGACUGCUGUGAAAGCUUCUAAACCAGAGAAGGCAAAGGGAUACCUCAACGUUCAUUCCUCCUCAUCGACAGAAAUCGAUACAGUGAAGCCCACAUCGGAGGAGCCGAAGAUUGCAGCUUCCGGCGUGCGCUGUUUGAUUUGUAGUGAUCCGAAUCACAAAGUUAAAGAGUGCGACGUAUUCAAGCGAUUGAAAGGAGAGGAAAAGUGGAAAGCAGUGCAAACACACCAUCUCUGUCGAGUUUGCCUCGGUAAACAUGGACGAAAACCGUGCCGAUCUCAACUACGCUGUGAGGUACAGGGGUGUCAACUGCGCCAUCACCCGCUCCUUCAUUCGGGUUCAACAACGACUACCGCGAGCCCAGCAAUCAAGCCAACAAGCCGAGUUCCAGUUAAUCCUACUACCGUUGCGAACCUGGUUGCGAAGCAGUCUGAAGGAGUGAACGCGCAUCGGCAUAGUCAGAAUACGACACUAUUCCGUGUUUUGCCGGUGACCCUUUUCGGCAACGGAAGGAGCAUCGAAACGUUUGCCUUUAUCGACGAAGGAUCUUCUGUUACAUUACUGGAGAAGUGGAUUGCUGACGAACUCGAUAUCAAGGGAUUCAAGCGGCGGCUAUGUUUGACAUGGACCGGUAAUGUUAGCCGCGACGAGGAUGACUCACAUCAAGUUACGAUCGAGAUAGCUGGCACUGAAGCUGAUCGUCGUUAUAAGUUGGAGGAAGUUCGCACCGUUAAAUCUUUGGCAUUGCCGAAGCAAUCGCUCUGUUAUAGCGAGCUAGCUGAGCGCUAUCGACACCUCCAGAAGUUACCAGUUAAGGAUUACGAAUCGGUGACUCCUGGGAUCCUAAUUGGCGCCGAACAUGCCCAUUUAACUGCCACCAAGCAACUUCGAGAAGGAAAGACAGGCGAGCCUGUCGCAGCUAGAACUCGACUUGGAUGGGCGGUGUAUGGACCGGUUCAGCAAGGGAUGCCAAAUGGAAGCUUCAACUUCCAUAUAUGCGAAUGCGAAGAUGAUGGCAAGCUGCACGAUUUGGUUAAACAGUACUUCACCGUUGAAAGCGUUGGAGUUUCGGCAGACAAAGGGCCGGAAUCCGAAGAAGAGAAACGGGCCAGAUCUAUCUUGGAGCGAACAACAAGAAGAGUCGGCGAAGGAUUCGAAACCGGGCUGUUGUGGCGAUACGACGAUGUGGAGUUUCCCGACAGCUUCCCAAUGGCGGUUCGAAGGCUACAGUGUUUCGAGAGGCGACUGAAGAAAAACCCGGAAGUCGAGGAAAGCGUUCGACGCCAAAUCAUUGAGUACCAAAGGAAAUCCUACAUCCAUAAGGCGUCGGAAGAGGAACUGAAAUCGGCAGAACCAGGCAAGGUGUGGUAUCUUCCAUUGAGCGUCGUGCAGAACCCCAAGAAACCGAGCAAGAUCCGCCUCGUGUGGGAUGCGGCAGCUAAGGUGAACGGUAUUUCGCUGAACAGUAUGCUGGUGAAGGGACCGGAUCUUGUCGUGCCGCUACCAACUGUAUUGUGUGGAUUUCGAGAACGACGGGUGGCUCUUGGUGGAGACUUACAGGAAAUGUUUCACCAGGUGAAGAUACGGUCCGAGGACCGGCAAGCGCAACGUUUUCUGUAUCGAGAGAAUCCAACGGAAAAUCCUACGGUUUUCGUCAUGGAUGUAGCUACGUUUGGUUCUUCCAGCUCACCAUGCUCAGCGCAAUACAUCAAAAACCUCAACGCUAGAGAGCAUGCGCAAGAGUUCCCGAGAGCAGCGGAGGCCAUCGAACGUCGUCAUUAUGUCGACGACUACUUCGACAGCUUUGACGACGAGGACGAAGCAUGUCGUGUUGCACAAGAAGUAAGGAUAGUUCAUAAAAGAGGCGGUUUCACCAUUCGGAAUUGGUUGUCCAACUCUUCCGAAGUUCUGCGACGGGUCGGGGCAGUGGCCGCGACAAAAGAUGAAUGCUGUCAGAUGCAGCUCGGCGCGGACAAAACGGGUCAAACAGAGAGAGUUCUUGGGAUGCUGUGGGCACCCAUGCCUGACAUCUUCACCUACGCGGCGGUUUCCGAACUACCAACAAUCACUCCAACCAAGAGAAACAUCCUACGUUGCGUUAUGAGUCAGUAUGAUCCGUUAGGAUUACUCUCUCACUUUCUUGUCCACGGACGCGUGAUAAUCCAGGACAUAUGGAGAAGCAAAGCAGACUGGGACGACAUCGUUGGAGAGGAAAUACAGGAGCGAUGGAGACGAUGGAUCGAAGUUUUCGAGGAUCUUCAGAACGUGCGCAUUCCCCGAGCAUACUUUCCCAGCGCGGCUUCAACGGAAAUCACGGAUCUACAGCUACAUAUUUUUGUCGACGCCAGUGAGGUGGCAUAUGCCUGCGUUGCCUACUUUCGGGCGAACAUCCGAGGGCAGUUCCAGACUGCGCUGGUUGGCGCGAAAUCAAAGGUGUCUCCAUUGAAAUCGCUAUCGAUACCCAGAUUGGAACUGCAGGCGGCGAUCAUCGGCUGCAGACUAUUGAAAACACUAUGCGCGAGUCACAGCUUACCAAUCAAGCGGAGGUUCAUGUGGACCGACUCCAAAACGGUUCUCGCAUGGAUCAAUUCUGACCACCGUCGUUACCGCCAGUUCGUGGCCUGUAGAAUCGGAGAAAUUCUAUCCAAGUCGAACGCUGAGGAGUGGAUGUGGAUCCCCACCAAGCAAAAUGUCGCCGACGAAGCUACAAAGUGGGGGAAAGGACCCAGUUUCGACCCGGACAGCCGCUGGUUCACGGGGCCGCAAUUCCUAAAGGAAGCACAGGAAUCUUGGCCGAUCCAGCCUACUAGUGUGGAAACUCUGGAGGAGCAAAAACCGUGCCUGGUACUGCACGUCCGACCGCAAAACUACCUGGUAGAUUGGAGUCGCUUUUCGAAGUUUGAGAGGCUUUGGCGCGCCAUUGCCUAUAUUUAUCGUCUGGUUGGAAACUUUCGUAGAAAACGAUUAGGACUAACUCCGAAUCGAGGUCAUCUUACGCUGGAGGAGUUGAACAAAGCGCAGAACUGCCUCUGGCGCCUGGCUCAAGAAAACGCAUUUUCAGAAGAAGCGAAGCUGUUGAAGAAGGUUGUGGAAGGGAAUCGAUCAGCGAUACUGGAGAAAACGAGUCGCAUCUACAAAUUGUCACCGUUUCUGGACGACCAUGGCGUGAUCCGAAUGGAUUCUCGGCUCAGCGCUGCUAGAUUUGUUGCGUUUGACGUUCAAUUUCCGAUUAUUCUUCCGAAGGAUCAUCCGCUGACGUGCCUUUUGCUGGAUUGGUACCACAGGACUUAUCUUCACGGCAACAACGAAACAAUCGUCAACGAAGUUAGGCAGCGAUUCCACGUUUCGUCAUUACGAACGCAGGUACGGAAGGUAGCGAAGUCAUGUAUGUACUGUAAAGUGAAGAAAGCUAAACCAUGCGUCCCGCGCAUGGCACCGCUACCCGAAGCAAGGUUGAGCCCUUUCGUUCGACCUUUUUCGUACGUCGGGUUGGACUAUUUCGGCCCGAUUAAUGUGAAAGUUGGUCGUUCAUUAGUAAAGAGAUGGGUGGCACUCUUUACCUGCCUCACUAUUCGGGCAGUCCAUUUGGAGGUCGCACACUCACUAUCUACAAACUCCUGCAAGAUGGCCAUUCGACGGUUUUUGGUGCGACGAGGUUCUCCGCUAGAAAUCUGGAGUGAUAACGGGACGAAUUUCGUAGGCGCCAGCCGCGAGCUCCAAACACAGGUGAAGCAGAUGAACGAGAAGCUUUCAGCGGUGUUCACGAACGCUACCACUAAGUGGAUAUUCAAUCCACCCUCAGCCCCCCACAUGGGUGGAUCCUGGGAGCGAUUAGUGCGCUCUGUGAAGGUUGCUUUCGCUGGACUUUCGAUUACCAGGAAUCCCGAUGACGAAACAUUGCUGACGCUGAUGACCGAAGCUGAAGGAGUAAUUAAUACACGCCCGCUCACGUUUAUGCCGUUGGAGAAUGAUUCUCAGGAAGCCCUAACUCCUAAUCAUUUUCUCCUGCUCAGCUCUCAAGGAGUGGCUCAGCGUCCAGAACCUCUAGUGGACCGAGCUGAAUUCUUGAGGAACAGUUACAGCUUCAUGAAGGGACUGGUAGAUGAGUUCUGGCAUCGAUGGAUUAAGGAGUAUUUGCCGACCAUCGCCGUUCGCACGAAGUGGAUUGAAGACUCCAGGGAUUUGCAAGAGGGUGAUGCUGUUAUCGUCGUAGACGAAUCUACUAGAAAUGGAUGGCUUCGCGGACGAGUGCUGUCCGUGGUGAAAGGAUGCGACGGGCGAGUCAGGCAAGCCUACGUCAGGACCUCUACGGGAGUUCUACGCAGACCCGCUUCGAAGAUUGCAGUGUUGGAGAUCCAGAGCGGUCGAGGCGAAAAGGACUUGGGUAACACUGGACAGCCGGAGUCCUCUGACCAGUAUUACGGGUCGGGGGAUGUUGGGAGCACUACGCCACUGCUCGCCGAAACAGAUGAACAAGUCAAAAGACUUGACAGCCAACUUGUCAAGGAGCAGUGACAGUUGCUUGACACGUAACAAUUUGCAAAUCAUUCCAACUCAAACCAUUAUUCGCAUUACUCGAAGAAGGCAGAGAAUUUGUAAAAGUUUGUAGUUCAUUAUUAGUUGCUAUAGAGAUCAAGUUGGCAGGUAGAAUACUUGUUAGUCAGACCAAAUUUGUAAGUAUAACUAUGAUUGUAUCCCGACAAUGAAUUAACAUUACUGAAAUCUGAAUUACAGCUUUUGAGCUCAGUCUAACCGCAAAAAGACGUGCUGCAAAAAACGAGGUCCGAAACUACCCCAACAC